AUGGAAAGUCAUAUAAAACAAAAUAACAAUUUGUUUCUAAACAAUAAUUCAUCGAUAGUUGCCUCAAGACUUUUACCAGUUUCAACAAAACUGAUUGUCAACUGUUUACGUGUAUUGCGUAGCAGUCAUGAGGACCGGUAUUAUUAUAUACCGAUUCCCGAACUGUCGACACGAGUCGACUGUAUAGACUAUUUGCGUACAAUCAACGAGUCGAUGGUUACAGAAAUAUUCAACCAGUACUGGAAUAUAACAUCGCCGUCUAAUCUAACCAUUGUUGACGAUCUGGACAACAACAACGGCUCCAGUGAUCAGCCGCUUGUCGAGCACUGGUAUGUUGUGUUUCUAUGGUCAGUAAUAUUCUGUUUGAUGGUAAUGUUGGCCAUUAUUGGCAAUUCGAUGAUAAUAUGGAUUAUAUUGAGCCAAAAAAUUAUGCGGACAGUCAUUAAUAUUUUUCUAUUAAACCUAACCCUAUCGGAUCUGUUAACCGUAUCGUUGAACGCAACGUUUAACUUUGUGUUUAUGCUGACCGGCCACUGGCCAUUUACCGCAGUGUACUGUGUGAUCAACAAUUUUGUUACCAAUUUGACGAUUGCCUCAUCCGUAUUCACCGCAACCGUCAUGAGUAUUGAUCGAUACAUAGCAAUAGUGCAUCCAUUGAAGCCCCGUAUGACCCGAUGCCGAGCACUGGUCAACAUAAGUCUCAUAUGGUUAUGUUCAGCAUUUUUUGCCAGUCCAGCCAUUGUUUUCUCUAAGAUAUAUGUGGUUCCCUAUGGCGGACACACCACACGUCUACUCUGUCUCAUGGAAUGGCCGGACGGACUGUCGGGUCAAUCAAAUUUUGAUUUGGCCUACAAUAUAGCAUUUCUAUUGUUGACAUACGUAUUGCCAAUGCUGACAAUGGCUAUCGCCUAUACCCGUAUGGGUCAGGUAUUGUGGGACUCCCAGCAAAACGAGCUCAACACUAAUCUCGGACCUGAACUCAUACGACAAAAACAAAAAGUGGUCCGUAUGUUGAUAUGCGUAAUAAGUGUGUUUGGUAUAUGUUGGCUGCCAUAUCACUCGUAUUUUUUGAGCACCUAUAUGUGGCCCGAUAUAAUUAAACUAAAACAAAUUAAACACAUCUAUUUGGCUAUAUAUUGGUUGGCAAUGGCUAACUCUCUGUUCAAUCCAAUCAUACUGUUUGUUAUGAAUCGCAGAUUCCGAUAUUGCAUAACAUAUUACAUGCGUUGUCAAUGUCUGACCAAUGGUGGCAUACAAUUGGACGGCCGUCUGUCAGUAGUGUCCAGUAGGGUCAGCAAUCAGCGGAAGUCAUCAAAAAAUAAAUCACCGAAAUCACCGAAAUCGCCAAAAUUACCGAAAUCGCCAAAAAACAAUCACAACUACAACAACGAUAAGAGUAGGUUUAAUGACAGCAACAGCAGUAACAAUGAUAAUAAUAAAGCGGCCGAAGUUCCCGUUUAAUUACCCGAACCCAUCAUUUUCAUUGAUAACAAAUAGAUAAAUAUUAUUGAUUAUUGCGAUUGUAUCGGUAGUUCACAACAUUUAAAAUGACUUGUUUUGUCUCUC